AUGAUGAUGGCGGGCACCUGCGCCGCGCGCCCCGCUGCGGCGGCGCUGGCCCUCUGCCUCGCGCUCGGGCUCCUCCGCGCCUUCGUGCCCGGGGCGGCGCACGGCGCCGCGGCGCAGCGACCCGCGGCGGCGCAGGCGAGCGGCGCCCCGAUGGGGAUGGGGGAGCAGCCCCAGGAGUCCCCCCUGCUGGGCGCGGCCACGCGCCUCCUCGCUGGGGCCGCGGCGGCGGGCCUGCUGGCGGGCCUCUCGGCGGGUGCCGCGCGCGCGGAGAUCGAGGACGUGGCCAUCCCCGUGGACGGCAAGGGCAAGACCAGGAAUCUCAGCAAGGAGGAACUCAUCCGCGGCAAGCGCCUGUUCAACGUCGCGUGCGGCACCUGCCACGUCGGCGGUGGCACCCGCACCAAUCAGAGCGUUGGCCUCGGCAUCGAGGAGCUCUCUGGCGCAUUCCCGCCGCGCAACACCAUCGACUCGCUAGUCGACUACAUCAACGCCCCGACCACCUACGAUGGCCUCAAGGACAUCUCGGAGGUGCACCCGUCCAUCAUCGCGGCGGAUUUGUGGCCCAAGAUGCGAUCGAUGAAGCAGCAGGAUUUGUACGACAUAUCCGCUUACAUCCUUUACCAGAAUUACGUCAUCCCCGAGAAGUGGGGCGGCGGCAAGCAGUAUUACUGA